UCGCAAAGACACAAACUUUAUAUCCAUAGAUAUGAACCUGAUCCAACGGUAGAUACGCACCCAAGUUCUUUCUUCUACUCUUCGUUCCUGUUUUACAUAUCCAAUCUAUACAGUAUUCACUCUUGCACAAAAUUUCCUACUUUCCCUCAGUGCACUCAUCCAUUUCAAUUCGAUCUCUUUCUUUACCUGAGAAACAAGGGUUUUAGCCAUGGACACUGGCGGAAAGAACAAGAAGGGAUCUGCAGGAGGAAGGGGAAGUAGUGGUCCCAAGAAGAAGUCCGUCUCUCGGUCUGUGAAAGCCGGUCUUCAAUUCCCAGUCGGGAGAAUUGGGCGAUACUUGAAGAAGGGAAGGUACUCCAAACGUGUUGGAAGUGGAGCUCCGGUCUACUUGGCCGCUGUUCUUGAGUAUCUAGCUGCUGAGGUUCUUGAGCUAGCUGGAAAUGCGGCUAGAGAUAACAAGAAGAAUCGGGUUAUCCCAAGGCAUUUGUUGUUGGCUGUAAGGAACGAUGUGGAGCUUGGGAAAUUGCUUUCGGGUGUAACCAUUGCUCAUGGUGGUGUCUUGCCUAAUAUCAACCCGGUUCUAUUACCAAAGAAGAACGAAAAGGCUGGCAAAGAGCCCAAGUCUCCAUCUAAAGCUACCAAAUCCCCCAAGAAGGCUUAAUCGCUAUCGUUCUCAACCACUUCCAAUUUAGUUUGAGACACCUUCUUUUCCUCCUCUUCUUGUGUAUGUAUUUCUAUUAGAAUUUCCUAGUUUUUGCUUGUAUGCUGAAACUUUGAAAGAACGAUUCAAUGACUUCGUAACUUUUUUAUCCGUUUCUGUUCAUUGUGUAAUGACAUACUUAAUGAAUUCAAUCUUGGAAAGAUGGAUUCGAUGUAAA